CAAACGAAACGGACGUUGGCGUGUCGGGUGAGCGAUUUGUAAAAAAAAAUAUCAAAUACGGAAUUAAAAUAUUUUUUUUUGUUCUGUGUAUGUGUGUCUGAAUAAAACGAGGUUUGAUCAGACAUUUGGAUUAUUACUCUGAUCUAAAUUUGAAAAGUGAAUAGAAGUCGCUCACUCUCGUCUCGUGUGCUGUGUGCGUCUGUGUGACAAAAAUUCUACGCUGCCGUUCUAAAUUUAAUCUUGAUUUAAUGACUUAAACGCACCGCACAAAAAAUUAAGUAAAAAGUUAGAAUAAAAAAGUGAAAAAACUGCCAAAAAACCGACAAAGAAUGGCUAACGAAAGCAAUGGAACGGGUCUUCGGAUCACAAGAUCCCGAUCAAAAUGGGUGAAUUUCCUUCAAAGGAACUCGUUGACAUUUUUCACAGUUCUUGCUGUGCUCGCGGGAUGCGGUUUAGGCUUGGGACUCAAAACUUUAGGGCAUUGGACGCCACGUGAACGGAUGUACCUCAAAUUUCCCGGUGACAUUUUCCUGCAAAUGUUGAAAUGUCUCAUUGUGCCGUUGCUCGUUUCGAGUAUCACGAGUGCCAUUGGCGCCCUGGAUUUGUCGUUGUCGAAGAAAAUUGCCGCGCGCUCGAUCGUUUAUUACUUUUUCACAACUUUAUGCGCUGUCGUGUUGGGAAUUGCGCUCGUUAGCAUCGUCAGACCCGGAGACGUCGACACAUUUACGCAAGACGACACGAUGAAAGUCACAAAACGUAACGUCUUGACAGCAGACACUCUCAUGGAUCUGAUAAGAAAUCUCUUCCCACCAAAUAUCAUCCAAGCAACGACUUUCCAAUACAAAACCGUUAUCUCGCUGCCUCCCGGAGUCAAUGAAACAAAUCCUGAUGGAACCAAAUUCCCCUUGGAACAAUACCACAUCGGCUCAGAAUGGUCACAAGGCACCAACGUGCUCGGUCUUGUCAUGUUCAGCGUCAUUAUGGGAGCAGUAAUUGGCAAAAUGGGCGUUCAAGGCAAACCUUUGCAAGAUGUCUUCCAAGUUUUGUCCGAAGGCAUGAUGAUUAUCACUUCUUGGGUCAUUUGGCUCUCUCCUGCUGGCAUUUUCUUCUUGAUUGCCGAAAAAAUGUUGGAAAUUGAGUCAUUUUCGAAUGUUUUUGUCACACUCGGAUGGUAUUUCAUGACUGUCAUGAUGGGUCUCAUUAUUCACGGAUUCGGCACAAUUGCCUUGAUUUUCUUCUUGACCGUUCGAAAGUUGCCAUAUCCGUAUAUCGCGAAGAUGGGACAAGUACUUGCUGCGGCUUUUGGUACGGGAAGCAGUUCUGCUAUCAUGCCCGUUACGAUUGGAUGCCUCGACGACAUGGGAAUCGAUCCGAGAGUCACGCGUUUCGUCAUUCCCGUGGGAGCGACAAUCAAUAUGGAUGGCACGGCGUUGUAUGAAGCUGUUGCAGCAUUAUUUAUUGCCCAAUUGCGUAAAGUUCCAUUGACUUUUGGCCAUAUCGUUGCUGUGAGUAUUACAGCCACUGCUGCUAGUAUUGGAGCUGCUGGAAUCCCACAAGCUGGUUUAGUAACGAUGAUCAUGGUCUUGGAUACCGUUGGAUUACCUGCUGAGGAUGUUUCUAUCAUCUUAGCUGUUGAUUGGCUUUUGGAUCGAUUCCGUACCACAAUCAACGUCAUGUGUGACAGUUUGGGCACAAUUAUUGUCGAUAAGCUUUCACGAAAUGAUUUGAAGGAUUUGGCACCGCAUGAGCCUCACGAGUUGGUUGAACUCAAAUCGGGCGAAAAUGACGACAAAUAAUAAAUUCCAUGAAAUAAAGACGCAACUUUUUUUUCGUUCUUCAAGUUAGAGAUACGGAUCCUCUAAUGAAGCCAACAAAGUUUUUAUAACGCUUUUACUCGAUACUCUUGUUAUUUACAAAUAUUUUAGCAAAGCAGACAUUUAAUUUUAAGGAUAACCGAACAUAUUUACAAAUUAAAUACAAAAACAAACAAAAAGGUUCACGCUUAAAAUAUUUUAAAAAUUUAUUUUUAAGUUUUUUCUUUUUUUUCUCUGUUUUAAAAAUCACAAACAUCGAUAUACUUUGAAAUUUAUAAAAAUCAUAAGCAAAUAAAUAGA